CAAGGUGGAAUAUGCCGUUCUGCAUAAAUCAUUGGAUGGCUCAUCCUUGUCUCUCUAAAUCUUUCAAAUCAGAAGCUUUACCACACAUAGUCAAAGAAGGAUUAACUUGUGCUCCACUUCAGACAUUUACAGAAGAAGAGUUAAUGAUUAAACAAUCAGUAAAAAAAUUUGCUCAAGAACAAGUUGCUCCAUUAGUACAAAAAAUGGAUGCUGAUGCAAAAAUGGAUGAUUCUUUAUUCCAAGGACUAUUUGAACAAGGGUUAAUGGGUAUUGAGCUUGAAGCAGAAUAUGGAGGAACUGGAUCUUCUUUUUUUUCUACCAUUCUGGUAGUUGAGGAGUUAGCCAAAGUCGACCCAUCUGUAUCACUUGCGUGCGAACUCCAAAAUACUUUCACUAAUAAAAUGUUUACAACAUAUGGCACAGAAGAACAAAAGAGAACCUAUUUGCCCAGGUUGGCAAAAGACAUGAUGGGCGCCAUCUGCAUUUCUGAACCAGAAGCUGGUAGUGAUGCCUUCUCCAUGAAGACUCGUGCUGAAAAGCAAGGGGAUUAUUACAUCAUCAAUGGAUCAAAGAUGUGGAUUAGCUUUGCAGAACAAGCAGGGAUGUUCUUGGUGAUGGCAAAUGCAAACCCUUCAGCAGGCUAUAAAGGAAUUACAUGUUUCAUAGUAGACCGUAAUACGGAUGGCCUACAUGUAGGAAAGAAAGAAGAUAAACUGGGAAUCAGAGCAGCAUCUACAUGUCCUGUAACAUUUGAAAAUGUGAAGGUUCCUGAAAGAAACAUAAUGGGACAGAUUGGUCAGGGUUAUAAGUAUGCUAUUGGAAUGCUGAACCAGGGAAGAAUUGGCAUAGCUGCACAGAUGCUGGGAUUAGCACAGGGGUGUUUUGAUCAUACUAUCCCAUACACAAAGGAAAGAACCCAAUUUGGAAAAAGCAUUUUUGAUUUUCAGGGACUACAACAUCAGAUUGCUCAAGUAGCCAUUCAGAUUGAAGCUGCAAGGUUGCUGACCUACAAUGCAGCCCGAUUUGCAGAAACUGGGAAGCCAUUUAUAAAACAAGCAAGCAUGGCCAAAUAUUACACAGCAGAGGUUGCAGCGCUAACAACAAGUAAAUGCAUUGAAUGGAUGGGUGGAGUUGGCUUCACAAAAGAUUAUCCAGUUGAAAAAUAUUACAGGGACUGCAAGAUUGGUGGUCGUUGAAAUAAAUAUAGCAGUUUCAUUUAUAUGGAUGUAGUCGCCUGUGGGCAUAACAUUGAGAGAUAAGAGGAGGAGCUGACUAGACAAACAGAACGUAGAAGAUUUCUCAGAACCACGAGGGAAGCAAGAGGGGACUCUCCCUAGUUUUCCAGGGAGUAAAAGGAACAUAGAGGAGAAAUAUUUUCAGUCUUGCAAAAUUAUGUUAAUGUAAGCUUAUAAUAA